AUGCCAGUACCAAUCCCCUCUAGUCAGGACCAGGAGCCCUCGCUCUUCCCAGAGAUACCCAGGUCACAGAUCGAUGCAGCGAGGCUGUCAAGCUGGUACCACUUAUUCCGGCGGUUGACAUUUCCCACCUCCAUCAUCGACUUGGACAAGCUCGGCGAGAAGGAGGCUUUCCUCGAGUGGCUUGACUCGGACUCGAUAUUUCUGCCACCAGUAGCGGAUAAUGAGGACGCCUCAUCCUCAUCCUCGUCGAGCGAUUCAAGACAGAGGAGAGCCUCCGAUGCUAGCUCAUCGUCCUCGGGAUCUGAAGCUCCGGUGUAUCGACUGCCGAAGCUGACGGAAGCGAUCCUGCAGGCGAUCAAGGUGCACGGCGGUUUUGUCUUCCCAAAGCUAAAUUGGACCAGUCCCAGAGAUGCAGCUUUCAUUAUCCCCCAGACCCGUGGUCCUCUUUGCUGCUCCGUUCCUGCCGACAUUUACCUCCUCCUCAAAUCUAGCGAUCUCAUUCAGCAUGACCUCGACUCAUCUCGCGCGUACAGCACAUCACACUCCGAGGCAGAAGUAGACUCAGACGAUGAGGAAGCAACAGCAGCGGCCGAAGCAAGAGCGAAGGAUAUGAAAGUCGAGCUGGUGCUGCGGAGCUUUGUGGAAAUGAACCCCUCUAGGGAGUUGAGGUGUUUUGUCCGGCACAACAUGCUUCUUGGCAUCUCACAACGUGAUACCAACUACUACGAUCAUCUUCAAUCCGCAGACUCGCGGGAGACCAUUUGCGAUACGGUCAGGGCGUUCUGGGAGGAUGAGAUCCGGACGCGGUAUCAAGGCGGAGAAGACUACGUCUUCGAUAUAUACCUCUCCUCCGAUAUGAACUCGUCCUUCCUGGUCGAUUUCAACCCUUAUAGGCAAUCCACCGAUCCCCUCCUCUUCACAUACCCCGACCUGCUCGAGAUCCUCCAGACCGCCCUUCGACCUCCUCCCGCUGCACCCUCUGCGUACGCCCGUGAUCUUACUCGCCAACGCCUACCUAUCCUCCGGGUUAUCGACUCCCAGUCCCAUCCACUCUCCAACUCGGCGGCACCGGCUUUUGGGAGCAAUAUGAUGCCGGUAGAGAUGGUCGAGAUGAGCCAGGGACGGAACAUGGCAGAGUUCAGUCAGGCCUGGAACGACGCGGUAGCGAGGGGUAUGCAGCGGUAA